AUGAGAGCCGGCGCUGGCACAACAGCCACGAUGGCAGCGCAUGGCCCCCCAGUCGGCGCACCCGCCCUCCGCACCAUCCAUACCUAUACCAACAAGAACGCCACCCUUGCCCUCGACGUCUACACCUACCCGCUCCGAGUGCCCGCGUUCCAAGGCGGCAGCAAGGCAAGGGGCUGGGGGUCGCUCGCCGGCAGCGUCACGUUCAACGUCACCUCGGACAAUUCGCGCGUCUCGGCCAUCACCGUCUCGGUGACCGGCACCGCCCGCGUGCUGCUGCCAAAGAGCGGCUCGGCCGACACGCCCGCCCAGAUCGACCACCUGAACCCAGAGGUCGAAGAGGCAAAGGAGCACGACGUCACGCUCCUUCAACUCGAACACACCCUCUGGCAGGCCGACGCCCAGGAUCCCGACUCCAACCUCUUUUCCCAGGGCAGGCAUCCCUUUGACUUCGACAUCGACCUCCCCGCCUACAAGGUGACGUCCAAGGGCAAGAAGCAGGCCGCGCCCGUCCUCUUGCCGCCCUCGUGCGUCAUCGAUGCCUUCGCCGCCCCCGCCAUCGUCGACACCCGCGCCAAGUCGGGCGGAGGCGGCGGCGGCGUCAUGUCGUCGAUCUUCAAGUCGACCAAGGACGCCCUGCCCAAAAACUGGGCCAGCGUCAAGUACGAGAUCAGCGUAAAGGUGCACCGCGUCGGCCUGCUCAAGCGCAACCUGCGCCUCUCGGCCCCCUUUGUCUACCUGCCGCCGCCAGAGUCAGGCCAUGAGGUGGCGCUACGCGAGAGGAGGAGGCUGGCCAACAUGAUGGCCCAAAUCGUCACCAACACCUCGGGCGACGGACGCCACCCGAUCGAGUCUCAGGCGCCCUGGCAGCGCGUGGCCAUCAACUACUCGACCAGCAGGAACGGCGAGCCGAUCGACUUGGACGGCGACACCGACCGCAAGGCCGGCGGCGGCGGCGGCGGCCUGCUCGGUUCGAUCUCAUCCCUCUUUGGCACCAAGAAGCCCACCGUCAUUGGCCGCGAAUCCUGGUCGCUCUCGGUGCCCGGUGACGCCGCCGCCGCCUCGUCCGCGUUUGCGCUGCGGUCUGCCAUCCCUUUUAUCCUGAGAUGCCACACGAACAAGCCUCUGGCGCUCCGACAGGGAUCUCCAUUGAUCGUCGUUCUAUACCGCCGGGUGCGCCUGCGCUCGGGCCAAAAGGCCAAGGUCGUAGCCGUCCAGCAGCGGCCGAUGGCGACGGCGCAGGUCCGCUUCGCACAGGAGGCGCCCGACCUGCACCGCAUCAACGGCAUCGUGGUGCCGCCCGUGCGGUGCCUGCCCAGUUUCGAGACGCCGCUGAUUUCGCUGUCGUACUUUCUCGCAGUGCAGCGCAGCCGCGACGCCCGCAUCGUGCACGAGCACCCCAUCACGCUGCACUGCCUCCCGCCGCCAGCCCCGCCCUUUGCCCCCUUCGGACCCUACCCGGCCGGCUACGUCAGGCCCGAGGUCCCGCUGCCUCAGCCCACGCCGGACGUCGUGUCGGAUCUAUCCGGCUUCCCUCCUGCGGCCAACGAGCAACCGAGGUUCGCACCGCCACCAUCGCAGCGGUCCGCCGCGACCACGGCGACGGCGUCGACGUCAAGGUACGAUUCGGCGCGCUCGCACGUCUCUUCGGACCGCAAGAGCGGCGCCCACGGUGGACACACGCUGUCGCCAUCGCCGCCAAGGACGCAGAGCAGCUCGCCGUCGCCGUCGCCGUCGCCCUCGAUGCGUGCCUCUCCCUCCCGCCCUACGAAGCCGCUACCGCCCACCACACAGCUGGCAGCGACGACGCCCGCACCGCCGUCUUCGAAGGGUGAUGCGUCGAAGCCACGUAAAUCUGCGCGAGAGGCCGCGUCGAGCACUGGCCGCGCAUUGCCGCCCAAGCAGGUCAAGGCAGGCACAACUGCCGCCGCCACUGUGCCACCGGCAAAGGCUGCCGCUGGCUCUACCUCGCAGCGGCACAUGGCACCGGCUCCACCACCCAAGCCUGGUACGCCCAACGGCUCUGGCAACGAGCACCCGAGGCGAGCGAGGUACUCGUCGCGCGGCGCGGCACCCGAUCCGGGACAGCAGCCGCAGCAGCCUGCACUGGGCGCCCCGAGCUCGUCGCGUCGGGUCCACGUACACGGCGACGAGAAGCGCGCCCUCAUCGACGCCGCCGUACCUUCUCGCUCAGGGAGCGCGGCCGCUGCGAAGGUUUCGCCGUCCAUGUCCGGGUUACGCUCGUCUUCGGUCUCGGAGCACGAGGGCGAAGGGGCGAGGAGGGGCAGCGCAGCGCAGAGAGAGGGAGGACGAGGCGUGGGAGACUAUGUGCGCGUCUCGUCGGCGUCCAAGACCAAGAGACCGGUCGAGGUAGAGCCACCGCCGCCGCCGCCGCCGCCCUCGUCGUCUCGGCACCGUGCCUAUGCCACAGAGGCUUUGUCGUCGUCGUCGUCGUCUACGGCGGCGGCGGCUGGUGGCGCGGACAGGAGAAAGACACGCAAGGGAGGAGCGAGCAGGAACGACCAUGUCCACCCGCCCUCGGCCUCGGCCUCGGCGGCGGCGGCGGGAGCGGGCAGGACGGAUUCGUCCGCCCCUCGGUCGACGCGCGGUUCGACGCCUGGAUCGGCACGUCGAUCCGAUCCAGGCGCCGUGCAGACGUUACCUUCCGCCCCGGCCCCUGCCCCUGCCCCGCUCCCUCCGCCCCCGCCUGCGCUGGAGGCGGAUGCCAGCGGUGGGGACGGCGGGGGAGCGGGGACGGGCUAUGGAUUCACCGAGGACGACCUCAUGACCUACGGCGAGGACAUGGAGCUCGACCUUCCCCCGUCCUAUUUCGAGGCCACCGCCGAGGACUUCGAGCAGUGA